CUCUAGCUUAGUUCAUUUUUUGUGGUGGUUAACGUACAAAUGUGCUGCGUGCUCCUUUUUAACAAGUUUUCAGAAUAUUUACAUUUAAUAUCUUUAUCCUCUGACGUAGUUAAAGCUAUUUGGCAGUUGAAUCGUGGCUCAACUGAAUUGCCGGAUCGCUAAAACAUCAAGAACUACGGACUCGCGCACACAGAUUAACCAACGCUACAUACAAAGACACACACAUAGGAAGAAGCGUGCGUGUUGGUGUGUGUGUGUGUGCGCGUGUGUGUGUCAGUGUCAGUGCGUGCUGCUGCUGCUGUCGACGUCGUCGUCGUUGCAAAGAGGAAGCAGCAGGCAAAGGCGAACGGCGGACGCGAAAAAGGAGCCCAAGAGCAGCCAAGAAGCUGCAGGGAACGGCUGGCAGUUACCGGAACAUUAAGUUGCAGCAGCAGAAGUUCAAAUACAUACAGCAAUAACAACAACAACAACAACAAGCGAAUAGCAACAGCACACAACAAAGGUGUCGCCCCCGCCUUACCUUCCCCCGUCCCCCACAAAAAAUGCAACAACAAGAAUCUGGUGGCGAGGAGAGCUGGCUAGAGGAGCAGUGCCAUCGCGAAAUCAACGGCCAGAACGAUGAAUACGAGCGCGAGUUUGUGCGUCAGCGCGACAACAAUUUAAGCACCGUCUGGGGCGCAUUCCAGGACUCGGCCACUGCAGUUGCACAGCUCUAUCGUGAGCGGUCUUCCAACACAUUCGCUCCGGAGGCUGGGGCACUGUGGCUGCCCUUUCAGACCGCAGCUGGCACUGUGACAACACUCUACAAAGAAUCUUGUGAUGGUCUCAAACGCACCAGCGACGCAGCCAUACAAUGCGGCUACCAAAGACGCACACGCGAACUGGCCGAUUGGGCGCGCAGCAAAAAACGCCGCAUGAUACGGCGCGAGGAUUUGCUGGCCUAUUUAGCUGGAAAAGCGCUGCCAACGCAACCAACGAAUCCACAUGCCAAUCGUCGGUCGCCCAAGCCGGAACAUCACCAUGGCGGCGGAGUACAUCAUCAUCAAGUCAGCGGCAGCACCAAUAGUGUCACUGGCUCGGCGAUAGGCUUUGCCAGCAACGGACUGACCAUGAUGCCACCCACAACCGCCGGCGGACAGCCAACGCAUUUGCUAAAUGCCGCCAGCGGUCAGGCGGCGACAGUAGGUGCCACAGGCGGCACUGGCGGCAUCAUCGGCGACGAUCUGCACACUUUCAAGGAGGCCUUAGUUUUGCGUCCACGCGGACCGGAGCUAUUUGCAUUUGUUGCCAACGAAAUCGCUCGCCAUUGCAAGCGUCCCGGCAGUCCCAUCGAUGACAAAAUGGACAUUUGCCACUACAGCAGUAAACGUCAGCGCUUCAUGUAAUCCCAGCAUCUAGCGGCAGCCAACGGGGUGGACACACAACACACACACACACACACCCACAGACACACAUACAUACACGCUCUUAUACACAUACACAUGCAUAUGCGCCAAAUUGAAAUGCAACAACAAUUUUCCCACUCAAUGGAGUAGCACGUGGUAUUGGUUGCGUGGGCUAGGGGAAAGAGGAAAAGCGGAAAACUGCAGCCGCCGCAACAGUGUGUGUGCGUGUGUGUGUGUGUGUGCGUAGGUGUAGGUGUGUGGGGCGGGGGCGCGACUAGUUCUAUUAAACUGUACUAUUAAACUGUUAAAUUCUGUUUAUAAUAUUUAUGCCGUAAAGUUCUUGUUACUGAGCUUUGUCGACUCAAACACAACACAGACACACACACACACAUACACACAAAACACAGACACACAAACCAACACACACACACACAGAUAACACACACCGUGCAGCAUAAGUUAAGUUUAGUUAGUUAUUAAGCAUAAAAAAAGCUUUUGUUGUAAGUUUUCAAGUCAAGAGGUGGUCUUAAACAUAGCGAAAAUAUUGUGUUAAUGCACGCAGUUAUAUGUAGCCUAGUAUAACACUAACACACACACACACACACAGACACACUUUCAAAACUGUUAUACGUAGGCUUUAUUGAAGCAUGAAAAUGAUGAAAGCAAAAGGAAAACAGACCCAUUAGCCCGUUCCAGGUGGCAAUUAAGCCGUGUUACCAAUCGAUCUAUCUGUGCACAUUUUAUGAAUAUGAAUAUAUAUAUAUGUAUGUAUGUAUGUAUGUAUGUAUGUAUGUGCAUGCAUAGCAAAACUACAGACACUGUUGUAAGCCAAAAGUUGUAUUGUAUAUAAGUAAGUCAGAAAUGAUAGAAAAACAACACGUUUCGAUAAAGUUACAUUGUGUUCGGAUGACACGUACUAAAACCUUAGCUGUUUAUAUAAACCAUAUAUACAUAUAUAUAUAUAUAUAUAUAUAUAUGUAUUUAUUUUAUGAUUUGUUCAUGUAAAUUAUGGUGUUCACAUCAUCGAAACGCUUCCUAAAGUCAAAAAAACCAUAAAAGCUAACAAAACUAACAAAAUUUCAAGUAAAAGAGCAAAGAUUAUAAUCGGCGGUACAGUUGCAAACGA